CGGUGGGGGCGGAAAAGGCGCCAUCCCCCCUCUCACUCAGCCUCGUUAUACAUCUGAAGACAAAUGUCACACGUGUAGCCAGAAGAUAAUAGAGUGGGAAGGAGAGAAUUCUGCAUCGGUUCACCAUGAGAUCGAGAGUAUUGGAGCAGCGUCUCUCCGGGCUACAAGCUCAGCGGACUCGGACGGAAGCAGUCGCCGGAGGGUGUCGUGUUUAAGUGACAGAGAGGAGGAGGAGGAGAGGGGACAGCUCGGAGUUGGGAGCGGGACUCGCCCGGAUCGUUUCAGGAGAGAGAGAGAGAGAGAGGGGUGGAAAAAAUCGGAGGUAAGAGUUGAUGAAGAGAUCGGACGCAGGGGCACGCACACAAGUCAGACACACCAGAGAUGCGUGACAAAAGCAGGAAGGAGCGCGGCUGGGCUUAGCUCGCAGCCCCGACCAGAGGAGACUGUGCGGUGCGGUGGGACGAGCCGCUCUCUGCCUUGCUGCGGCGGCGGAGGCUCAGAGGGAAGCGAGGACGCUGGAAUUGAGGGGAAAAGUUGACGGCUUGCGAUGUGAAGGCGAGAGAAGGUGAACGCUGCGAGCAAAGCGGGUGCUGCCAUCGCCCCCCCCCCCUCCCAUGGCCGGGACCUGAGUACAGCUGGUUCCUGGGAACGGAGGAGGCUGAGAGGGGAACCUGCACGAUGCUGUUGUGAGUUGUUAUUGCCUUUUUAAUUUAACAAAAAAAAAAGAAAGGACGAUGAAGGUUCUGCGCAGGAAGGCGGUUUUCUUGGUGCUCGGCUACAUCCUGUUGGUGGUGCUUACGAUGCUGCAUUUCACCGACUACAAGGGGGGCAAGGAGUGUAGCCAGGUGAAGUAUGUACCCUACCCGCUGCGCUACGCCGUGGAACAGCAGCCGGCUCCGGCGCCGCACAACGCGUCCGCCAAGCGGCAGCAUGUCUACGUGUUUACAACAUGGCGAUCCGGCUCGUCCUUCGUGGGCGAGCUCUUCAACCAGAACCCCGACGUCUUCUUCCUCUACGAGCCCAUGUGGCACAUCUGGCAGAAGUUGUACCCGGGGGACGCGCUCACACUGCAGGGGGCUGCCCGGGACAUGUUGGGCCACCUCUACCGCUGCGACCUCUCCAUCUACCAGCUGUACAACGGGGGCAACAACGUGACCAGCAUGGGCAUCUUCGGGGCGCCCCGCAACAAGGUGGUCUGCUCCUAUCCGCUCUGCCAAGCCUACAGGAAGGAGAAGGUGGGUCUCAUCGACGAGCACGUCUGCAAGAACGAGUGCCCACCGCAACAUCUAGACUCGCUGGCGAGCGAGUGCCUCAAGUAUAACACCAUUGUCAUCAAGGGAGUCCGCAUCUUCGACCUCAGCGUGCUGGCGCCUCUGAUGAGGGACCCUUCCAUUGACCUGAAGGUGAUUCACCUGGUGCGGGACCCCAGGGCGGUGGCCAGCUCCCGCAUCAAGUCCAGGAACGGGCUGAUCCGGGAGAGCCUGCAGGUGAUGAGGAGUAAGGAUCCCAAAGGGCGACGUCUCAAGGUGUAUGAUGGCUACCAGCGGAGCCGGCGGGACGCGGUGGACUACCAUGCACUGAACGCGCUGGAGGUGAUCUGUAGCAGCAUGGUGCGGACGGUACAAAUGGCCAGGGAGCCACCGGACUGGCUUAAGGACAACUACCGGGUAGUGCGCUACGAAGACCUGGUGGAGGAGCCCAUCAGGUACCUGAAGGACAUGUAUUACUUCGUCAACCUGUCCCUCAGUCAGGACCUGGAGAGGUUCGUCCUCAACAUGACCAUGGGCUCUAGUUACUCCAACAAGAAGCCCUUCAGCGUCUCGUCGCGGAACGCCACGCAGGCGGCCAACGCCUGGCGGACCCAACUCACCUACUCGCAGAUCAAGCAAGUUGAGGACUACUGCCAGCAGGCCAUGGACUGGCUGGGCUACGAGAAGGUCCAAACGCCCGAGGAAGUCAAGGACUUCAGCAAGUCAUUUGUGACCAAACUCCGGGUCUGAACUGAAGGGACAGACUUGGUGCAGUAAAUCACCCCUGUCCUGCCCACACCCAAGAGUGGAGGAGGGCAGACAAACCCCAAACUGUUUACUUUCCAGAUAUCCUCGGAUCCAGAUGUCAGACUGGGGUGUUGGCAGGGGCAUGACAUUUGAGGUUGGAGGUUUUGCAGGGAACCUUUUCUCUCUCUCUCUGACACAGGGGUAGACAAAACCCCCUCUUAAACACUCAAAAAUAACGUACCUAUUCACACAACCAGUCUCCCCCUCACACACACAUACACACACACAUACACACACACACACACACACACACACACAUGCUCAGUCACGAAUACCUUUGCAUCGAUGCACACCUCCACAUACACCAACAUAAAAACUCAUCCAGGUGCACCUUCACAUUCACACAUAUCCAUCAUCUACUCCAACAUAUACAUCCAUGCAAACAUACUCAAGGAUGCACCAUACAGACACAGCCAAACAUGUAUCCUUCCACCCACAAAACAUUAAUCCAUCAGCAUGUGCAUUCCUCACAUGCACCCGUAUAACUAAUUCAAUUUGCUACUAACAAUGAAAAGUGAUGUGAAUUACUUGACAAUUUUAAGGGAGCUUUUCAUCUGCAGGUGUUGACAAAAGUGCAACAAAUUCAAUUGUUCACCAGAAAUAUUUGAUCUUUGAGUUUAAAAUUGUUAUAUAUGUUGCUCUAUGAAUACAUAUAUAUGUGUAUAUAUAUAGUUCUUUUUGUUGUCUGGUUAAAUGAAUAAAUUGAUAAUUUAUCAUUUUUUAAAGAAAGUAUUCUAUUAUAUUAAUGGCAUGUGAUAUAGAAUUGUGAGUACAGUGCUUUACUGCCAAAGUGCAACUGAUCAGGAUCUUUUCUGUUCAUGUUUUUUGCUCGAUUGUUCCUCCCUGAAAAAGUCCAUUUAUGUUCCCUCCCUCCAGGCUGCAGAAAACAAGCAAAGGAGCCUGUUGCAAAAUAAACCUUUUUGACCCUUA